AUGCCCAAGCCAAGAAAAAGAUUCUUGUAUAUGGACCUCUAAUUGCAAGUCAUCCAAGACUCUGAUUCACCAUAUGUCGCCAAAGUAAAGUCAAUUGGAGUCAUUCCCAUAUUAAACUAAAAUCUAUCUCAAUCAAUUAUUGAAGAAUUUGAAGAAAGAAUGAAAACUAACACUCUAGGAACACAUGGUAUGCUUAACUACAUGCAAGCUUUGACAAAAUCAUUUUACAGCGAAGAGAAUCUUAUCCAUUAGAUAUAGUAAUUGAAAUUUGACAUGAUUAUUUGUGGAGCAUUUUUAGAGGCUCAAUUUAUAGCAAAUACACUACAGAUACCUCUAUACAUUAGAAUACUAACCGGAAAUCCUGACACUAUGAUGUAAGUUAUGUUGAAAUAGCACACUUCCCAUUCAUCAUAGCUUCAUGCAGCUAGAACUUCAAUUUUCGGAAUGGAAAAGCACCCUGACUUUCAUACUUUCUCUACAAAUUUUUUUACAAGAUUAAGAAAUAGACUUGCUGAGUAUAUCAUUGGUGGAAUUGGUCUUUAAGUUAUUCAUUACUAACUUGAAAAGUAAAUACCAGAUCACCUGAAAUUAAAUGCAACUGUCCACAGAGCUCCAGAUAUGAUACUUUACACCGGAUAUGAGGGUCUUUCACCUCCUCUUCCACUAUCAUCUAAUUCUAGAAUAAUCCCUCCUAUAAUUGAGGCUGAAAAUGGAGUCUAGGAUAUUCCAUAAGAUCUCUAAGAUUUUAUGAAUAAACAUGAAAAAUUGAUUCUUGUCUCAUUUGGUUCUGUCUAAAAUCCAACAAAUGAAACUUUGAGAGAAAUAUCAAAAUUUAUGUAAAAAAGCCCUGACUAUGGUUUUAUAUACUCAACUAGAAAUAAGAGGUAUUUUUAGAGUGAAAUAUUUGAGACUAUUCAAAGUCUUGAUAAUGUUUAUAUUGCCAAAUGGUUACCUUAGACUUAGAUAUUGAAUAAUCCAAAGGUUUAGAUAUUUUUUACUCAUGGCGGAUAGCAAAGUUACAUUGAAUCUAUUGAAGCAGGAAAACCUAUGAUUGUUAUUCCAGUAUUUGCACCAGACUAGUUCUUUGCAUGUGAAUAUGUAUAGAUGCAAAAACUUGGUGCAUGCAUGUAUAAACCUGAUGUUGAUCAUUUAGUUGAGAUUGUUAGAUAUGUUGAGCAGAAUAAUGGCUUUAGAGACAGACUUUUGAUCCUAAAGAAAAUGAUUGAGAAAAAGAAAAAUCAAGGCUUGGAUAUGCUUUACUGGGUUGAUUACUUGAUGGAAAUAGGCACUAGUGAAUUUAUUACUUCUAAAUAAUAUCAGUGGUUUAAUAAUCUACAGCUUUAUGAUGCAGAUGUCAAUAUUGCUAUUGAUAUAAUCAUAAUUGCAAUAGCUGCAACAAUAAUUACUAUGCUGGUGAAGAUCUAUAGACUAGCCACUUGUAAAAAGGAUAAAAAAGAAUCUAAAAGUAUUAAGAUUGAAUGA